CCAGCCGGGGCUCCCCCCGCCGCGCUCUUCUGACCAGGGCGGAGAAGGAGGGGCCCCUCCCCGCCCCUCCCACGAUCUCUGCCCCUCCGGACCGAAGCUGAACGACUGGUUGGAGACGGAUCUCCCCUCUGAGACCUGGGGCUCCUCCGGGGGGCCCCGGGCGCCUGGAUCUUGGCCUCUGCCAUUCAAGAUCAUCCGGGCCAGAGCUGGGGGGCAUCAAAGCUGAGCUGAAGAGUUGGGGAAAGAAGAUUGCUGCUGGGAACCAGGGUUAGCAGCUGGAAAGGCGAGAACUCCGACCAUUUCUCAGCAGAAGGAAAGGAAGGGAGGUCUCUGGUUCCUCUGAAAGCUGCCGCAGAAGAUCCAGGCACCUGUUUUGCAGUCUUCUGACCCUCUUUGCUCCAGCUGCCUUUCUGGAAUGGUGAACUUUGAGAUUUCUUUGCUCUGCCAAUCCUUCCCCUCCACCUGAAACUGACCGGGCCUGGAAAACUCACCUCCAGCUCGUUUCUCACCCAGGGCAGCUUUGCCCUCCCCCUAAAGCUCUCAUGCCCAGCUUUAUGCUUGCUUCCUUGCUGGGCACAGUCCCGGAUCCGCAAAGGGAGGAGCUGCGGUCUGGACCCUAGGAAAGAAGGCACCUUCCAAGCACCUGAGAAACGGGGCGCUUCUCCUGAGCCGCCCUGGGGCUCCCCAAAGUGGUGGGAAGCCCCCCAGCCACCCAUGCCUGGCCCAGAGAAGGUGGCAACAUGGCACGGCCUGGUCCAGGGGUGCUGCUCUUCGCAAAUGGGUUGGGGUUUCCCCCAAGCAAUGUGGCCAGGGUUGUCGUGUGGGAAUGGCUGAACGAACAUAGCCGGUGGAGGCCCUACACAGCGGCCGUUUUUCAACAGAUUGAGAAUGUCCUGGAGGGGGUUGUCUGGGGGAGCGUCGUGCUCGGACAAGUCGAUGCCCAGCUGUCGCCGUAUAUUAUAGAUUUACAGUCCAUGCACCAAUUCCGGCAGGAUACAGGGACAAUGCGCCCCGUACGGAGGAAUUUUUAUGAUCCUUCUUCUGCUCCUGGCAAAGGGGUAGUGUGGGAAUGGGAGAAUGACAACAACUCCUGGACACCGUAUGACAUGGACAUCUGCAUAACCAUCCAGAAUGCUUACGAGAAGCAACAUCCAUGGUUGGACCUCUCCUCGUUGGGGUUUUGCUACCUGAUCUACUUCAACAGCAUGUCUCAAGUGAACCGCCAGACGCAGGGGAAGCGCCGACUCCACCGCAUCAUCACGUUUGGAAAAAUGCUCGUUUUGCUUUUUACAGCGUUGAUCUCUCACUACGCUUUGCACACACUUCCUUUCGCUGUUGAGUUUUUUGGUUGCUGCGAUCGUGAAUGUGGGACCAGAAUAUUCUGGAUAUUCUUACCUGCAGGAUCUGCUAUGUCCACGGGCAGGGUUCCUGCUCUCCCAGUGAAGAAUCUGAAUGGAACUGGUCCAGUCCACCCUGCCUUGGCAGGAAUGACCGGCAUCUUGAUGUGCGCAGCGGGUUUGCCUGUCUGUCUCACCAGAGCUCCAAAGCCGAUCUUGCACCCCCCGCCUGUCAACAAGAGCGACAUGAAGGCCGUGCCGGGCAUCACCGGCAUUUGUCGUAAAACCAAGAAAAAACAUUUGAAGAAGAGCAGAAACCCUGAGGAUGUGGUGCGACGUUAUAUCCAGAAGGUGAAGAACCCCCCUGAUGAGGACUGCACCAUUUGCAUGGAGAGAUUGGUGUCUUCCUCGGGUUACGAGGGCAUCCUCAGGCACAAGGGUGCCAAGCCGGAGCUGGUAGGGAAGCUGGGGAAAUGCGGGCACAUGUACCACCUCCUCUGUCUAGUUGCCAUGUACAACAAUGGGAAUAAGGAUGGGAGCCUCCAAUGCCCCACUUGCAAGGCCAUCUAUGGGGAGAAGACGGGGACUCAGCCCCCUGGAAAGAUGGAAUUCCACAUUAUCCCACAUUCUCUUCCUGGCUAUCCAGAUUGCAAAACCAUCCGCAUUGUGUACAACAUUCCUGCGGGGAUCCAGGGCGCAGAGCAUCCAAAUCCUGGGAAGAAGUUCACCGCACGAGGUUUUCCCCGUCACUGUUACCUUCCGGACAACGAGAAAGGCAGAAAGAUUUUGAAACUCCUCAUUGUGGCCUGGGAACGUCGGCUCAUCUUCACCAUUGGGACCUCUAACACGACAGGUGAAUCAGACACUGUGGUGUGGAACGAGAUCCAUCACAAGACAGAAUUUGGGUCCAACCUCACCGGCCACGGGUAUCCUGACCCAAACUAUCUGGACAAUGUCCUGGCUGAACUGAUGGCUCAGGGGGUCUUGGAAGCCAACCUGAAGGAUUGAGAAGAUGUUUUUGGCCUCCACCCACCCAACGUUCCUCCUGCCUCCACUUCGUCAUGUGCAGCGCAAACACUGCCUGUUUCUUCUCCAUCUGUCUGUCCGUGUCUGUGUUUGCUGAUUGGUGAGGCAACAGUGUUUGGGAUGGUCCCUUCCAUCUUCCCGCGUUGCUUUGACUAGCUUGACUUCUGACCAAUCCAUGAAGGAUCCAUAGCAGGAUUCUUCUCUACAUGAUUUCUGGGUUCCUCCCAGAGAAACAGCCAGAAGCUUUGCGAGUGAGCAAUCAAUGGAAACCUUCUGCUCUUCUGUUCUUCUUCUACAUAUGUGUAUAAUUCUUGGCCAUUCCCAUGGGUGCAAGGGUCACUUCUCCAAACCAUCCAUCUUCAACUACCCAAAUCUCACACACAGGUUGUUCUGCCUCCUUUUUUCUCUGCUCCUCAUUUGUUCUGGGGUGCCUUGUGGCUCUGUCCAGAUCAAUGUUUCUCAACCUUGGGAACUUGAAGAUACUUGAAGGGCUGGCUGGGGAAUUCUGGGAGCUGAAGUCCACACAUCUUCGAGCUGCCAAGAUUGAGAAACACUGGUCCAGAGAACCAGGAAAGAAAUCCAAAUUGGGGAGCUAAGGAAGGCUGACAUUGUGGCUUAACAGCGGGCAGAGUAUUGUCAACCGGCUUUGCCAUUUGCCUUCCAUGCAAAUAAAAGGAAGGUUGCUCAUCCCAGUCUUUCUGCCCCCCUCCCCCAGCCUUGGAGGUAUUCCCUUCACCAAUGAAAUGCAAAGUCUGUCCCCUAGUUGGUGAUGUUUUUCUUUAAAAAGAUAUUGCAAAAUGGGGGAGGUUUUUCUCAUUGGAGCCGCAGCAGGGUGAAGAUUGGAAAGUCCACAAGAACCUCUCCCUCCCCAUUAUCCACAUAGGUUCCCCUGGUCAGCUGUUUGUUUAACACACACACACGUAUUGCAGGAUAAACUGGGUACUUGCUCCAUUAUAUUCCACCCACAACAGUUAGAUAGACAGGCCUUUCUGUCUGUCGGUCUUACAUCUUCUUCCUGCCACCUCCCAAUACACAGAAAUACACAAUUUGGGCCAUGUCCUGGACCAUUUUGGUGGUGAUGGGAGAGAGCAACUCCUUUCUUCCUGCUGCCUCAAAUGUCUGCAUCUAUUUCCCUAUUCCACUUUUUUGGGGGGGUCUGUCAUUGACCCUGGAGAAAUUCCAUAUUCUGAAGCAAAGGAGAACGAUUGUUCUCCCUGAUGGUUUUUAGGGCCUUGAAAGCACAGUAUCAGUCCAUCAGGAGGUCUUGCCAUGGAUGGGGCUGGGGACAAGUGCCCUCCUUACUUCCCCCACCCUUACUGCUACCGAUGAGAUGCCACCCCCUGUCUCCCCUUGUUUGACACGAAUGCGGCAAUUCCCAAUGCCUCUUGGGGUUCUCCUAGGUGAAAAGAUGAAAAGAAGGCAAUGUCUGUUUCUGGUUUGUUGCAAAUAAUACAACAGCCUGGAUAUGUCCUGGAGGUGAGGUGAAGACACCCCUUCUGGGCCAGCGCUGGUGAACUUUCUCUCCCCCACAAUCUUAUGUAGCAUGUUCAAUUUUAUCCAGAUAUGAGUGCAAGACUGGGACAAGUUGCCAAAGAUGAUGGAAAUAACUUAAAGGAGAAAAUGUAACUUCUAUACACAGCUUUGGUCCAUAUCAAGCAGAUGCAAUAACAACAACAAUAAUAAUAAAAACGGGACGAAA